GACCUGCCAUUAAUGAGUAUACGACAUCUAGAGCGUCCCAGAAAAGGCGAGUGGCUGCCCAGGAUUUCGAGAAGGAGGACCUUUUUGUUCACUACUUUUUUCACCUUUCCGAAGGCUGGACCUCCUCGUGCCCGCUCUUCGGCGUAACUCACUGCUCACGAACCAGAGGCACUGGACGAGCGGAGGUCGCUCACUUUUCUCAUCCGUUCCAAAUGGACUUGACUUGGACCGGCCCGAAUCGAGAAGAUGGCGACUUAGACAGCGUGGCCCAGCUCUACCUCGAGGUGAUCUCUCAGGACUUCUGGAGCAGGUUUCACGUGGAAGGUUACGCAUACUGCGACGUCUCCAAUAACCCCGGGCGGACGUCAAUGUCGCUGAAGACGUGGCGUCCAGUGUCCACGCGCCUCGACUCCAGGAUGCGGCGGUUCUUCACCGGCGGCGAUCCCCAACUGAGGGACCUGAGCAACACCGCCGUGCCAGCGGACGCUGCUCCGGGGAAGCGGUUGAGCAAGUACGGCAUCGUGACAGAAACCAGCGGCACCGUAACUGUCGUCCUGAACGUCGUUCGCCAGACCACGUCCAAAUCCCAAGAACACGAGACCAUUCGCCGGUUCUUGGGAACAAUUGGAAAACGAGCGACGCAGUCGAGUAUCACCGCUGUCUUGGCCUCCUUCCACCGUGCCAGAAGUCGGAUGUUGGCAGCAAGGGCCGGUCAUCAAGUCUAACGGCAUCGUGUGCAAGGUCGUAAUUAUCACUGAAACUUCAGCAUCAUCACUCAAGUGGAACAAACCUCGCAGCUUUAUCGUCUCCUUCAAGUAGUACCAAUUCCUGUACUCUCCCCUAUUGGGGCUCACCUAUACGUAUGAAAUUCUGAUGGCACAAGUACUGCUUGACGAUGCUCAUUGUUUCCGUCACUCUAUAAUCUGUGCAGCACACCUCUGUACCGAAAUAAUGGUGAUUGCUAAUAAAACUGUGUAGCAGUAAAGACCUCCCAAAACGCUGGCAACUUAACGAAUAUUGUGAAACAUGCCGUACUUCGGUGGUCAGCAAGUCUGACCUGCUUUAGGAGGUGCCAAAGAUGCUUGGGUACUCGACUUGGUCUAUGUUUCUUUGUUGUAUUUAGAAACCAUCCAAACAAUCGCCUUUGGCCCAUUGUCAUUUAUAGUGCGAAAGCAUUAACUGUCUCAUGGAGCGAGCCG